GCAAGAUUGGCAACUCUAUUUGCAAAAUCACGACGUGCCUGUAAAAAUAAUUCUGUACGUCAACAACUAGGAAUUUCUUAAGAAAUCAAUUUAAAGUUCUCCUAGUGUUUAGUAUAUUUAUGUGUAAAAUAAUAAUCGUUUUUGGUUACUAAUAUCCAGUGACAGAUAUUUUUAGAACAAUUUUAUUCCUUGAUUUUGGGGGCGCCAUUUUGUAUAUGCCGGUGGAUUUUACGGUGGACUGUCAAAAAAUAAAAGUGUCGGGCGAUAAAAAGUCAUUUUAUGUACUUUUUAAGACGUCCUUUCCUCUAGAAACCCACAAAGUUGGUCAAAUUAUGAGUAUAGAGUUGAACCUACAAUGUUAAUGUAAAAACGAAUCAAAAUAUGACUAUUGCAACUAGGGCACAAGGAUUGACAGGAGAUAGUGUUGAACCUCAAGGAUCUUCUCCUGGACCAUCUGAGAACAACGUCGUCGAGGAAAUCCAAGAUGAAAACUUCGAACCGGAGUUCCCCAAAGAUAAAUUAGCGUCACUGGAUGAAAAAAUAUCGAGCUUGCGAUGGGUGGUGCCGGUCCUGGCCGACCAGGAGCUAGAAUGUCUACUGAAAGUCUCCAUAGACUUGGCCCGAAAAAAUCUCGAUACAAGAUCCGAAUCUUGCCAGAGGUUCUUCAGGGAGGGAUUGACGGUGUCUUUCACGAAGAUAUUGACGGACGAUGCAGUGUCCAGUUGGAAACCGAAUAUUCACGCCUGCAUUUAUCAAAACUGCCUGAAACUCAUAGAGCUGUGCGUGGUGAAGCUGCCUCAAGACUGGUACCCUCUAUUGGAUUUACUCGCCAUGGUUCUUAAUCCGAAUAACAAGUUCCACAGCUUCAAUUCUUCUAGACAGAGCGAAACGGCCGGUCCGAAUUGUAAUUUAUCCGAAGAGGAGCUCUUCGCUAGACCAUCGAGCGACUUGAGGAAUCCCAGAGGGUGGUUGGUGGACCUUAUCAACAAAUUCGGAGAGUUGGGCGGUUUCCAAGUUUUAUUAGAUAGAUUCCAAUCGGGGAAAAAUUUAAGUAUUUCUAUAGUGUUCGCUUUACUGAGGCCUUUUGGGUUUUGCUUUGAAUUUUUGACGGUUCACAGUAUCAACAAGUAUAUAUUGCCUAUAUUAGAAAUGAUUCCUGGUAUAUUAGAUAAAUUAUCGGACGAAGAAUUGAAGAAGGAAGCGAAAAAUGAACAAAAAAGCGAUAUCGUCUCGGCUAUUAUAAAAUCGUCUAAGAAUUUGGCAUCUAGAGUACCCAAUCAAGAAGAACUUAUUAGAACUUUAGAAGGAUUUAGAUUGACUAUGAUAUUAAGACAGUUGCAAAUCUCCAGCUUUAACGGAAAGAUGAACGCUUUAAAUGAAAUCAAUAAAGUUAUUUCGAGCGUUAUUUAUUACCCGAAUCGACACCACGGAAUGGAAGAGGAGGAAUAUCUCACGCCCGAACGUAUGGCCAAGUGGAUUAAUGAAAAUAAAGUAUUAGAAAUAGUGUUAAGGGAUUCGCUACACCAGCCGCAGUACGUAGAGAAACUCGAGAAGAUACUGAGGUUCGUCAUCAAAGAGAGGGCGUUAAGUUUGCACGAUUUGGACGCCGUUUGGGCAGCUCAAGUCGGAAAACACGAAGCCAUAGUUAAAAACGUCCAUGAUUUGUUGGCUAAACUCGCUUGGGACUUCAGCGCCGAACAAUUAGACCAUUUAUUUGAGUGUUUCCAAAACAACUGGACUUCGGCGUCGAAGCGACAGAGAGAAAGACUUUUAGAACUGAUACGUCGAUUGGCGGAGGACGACAAAGACGGCGUCAUGGCGCACAAAGUUUUGACGCUGUUUUGGAAUCUGGCACACGCCGAAGAUGUCCCAACCGAAAUAAUGGAUCAAGCUUUAGCUGCUCAUGUUAAGAUAUUGGAUUAUAGUUGUUCACAGGAGCGGGACGCCCAAAAGACAGUUUGGUUGGAUAAAUGUGUGGAAGAACUGAAGAACGGAGAAAUGUGGGCGCUUCCGGCUCUCAAGCAGAUCCGUGAGAUUUGCACGUUAUACGAACAGAACACGAACGGCAGCCACACUCAACGUACCCACCACAUUUACUACAGACAAGAAGUGAUAGAACGAUUGCAAAACCAGCAUUCUCUAGUUAUAUUAGUAACCAACAGCCUUUGUAGUUAUAUGGAUAGAUUAAGAGAAUUAAUCAAAGAGAACCCGGAAUUGACCAGCGAGACCUACAUACCCGACGGACGGUACGGCCACACGCUGCAAGUCCAGGAAAGACUGAAUUUUCUUAGAUUCCUCUUAAAAGACGGACAAUUGUGGCUAUGCGCCGAACAAGCGAAGCAAAUAUGGCAGUGUCUCGCCGAGAACGCGGUUUUCCAGAGCGACAGAGAAGCCUGUUUCAAGUGGUUCUCUAAAUUAAUGGGAGACGAGCCUGAUCUAGAUCCCGGCAUCAACAAAGACUUCUUCGAAAACAACAUAUUACAGAUAGAUCCGAUAUUGCUCACAGAAAGCGGGAUCAGAUGCUUCGAACGAUUUUUCAAAGCGGUUAACGUGAAGGAAGGCAAAGUGAAAUACAAAAGAAGGUCCCUUCUAACGGAAGAUCCCGAUCUAAUAGGUCUCGAUUAUCUAUGGAAAGUAGUUACUUUGUGCCCAAACGAUAUCGCUACCAGAGCGAUCGAGCUUCUUAAAGAAGUUAGUACCAACCUCGGUCCUAGAUUGACCCAAGCGCAGUUGGUGUUCCACGAAAACUACAUCACCGAAUGCUACGACAGGCUUCGAGCUCACUACGACACGUUAAGUAUCUUGCAAAAAUCGACCAACGACAAAGAAUUCGACUCGGAGCAACUUCAAAACCGCAUUAAGUCGGAAGCCGUGAAAAUAUGCAGGGUAUUGAAGGUUCUACACGAGUACAUCAGCGAAUGCGACAACAGCUUCGUGGGGGAACGUAAAAUUCUUCCGUUGCACAGAGCUUGCUACGGCAAACACAUUACUCUGAUCGUGCGGUUUUCUAGUCCCAACAGGCAAGUCGAAGACCUGGAACUGUACACGCAUUCGAACGAUACUCUAGCCUCUUUGAGAAAAUACAUUUUGAAACGAAUCAAGCCUGGUAUAUAUUGCAAGCUCGAAUUGUUCAUCAACGGCGAGCCUUUGGAGCCCGCCGAGGACAAGAAACUUCUUUCGCAGAUACCCAUCAGGGACAAAAUGUUAAUAUCAGCAAAAAUAGUUCAAAUGAACUCGAAUAUGGCGUCGUCCCAGGACAGUAGUUCGGACAGUUCGACCUCUUCCCCCCACCACCCGUACGACGGUCCAAACGUCGAAGCGGAGAAUCUGUUACCGGGCGUUCUGAUGUCCCAACAACCGUUCUACGCCCAAUUCUUCUGCCAGUUGAUGAACGUAGGAAGCACGUUGCCGUUUGCGAUGUUGAGAGAUAUGGGGCACGCGCUUCUUCAGUUGAUGCCUUGCAAUCUGAUGACGAUGGAGAAACUGAGGAUUUUGUUUUCUGCGCCGGGAGAGCAGAACAUUUCGAUGGAUAGCAUGUUUUUCAGCGCCUCGCCUUCUGAAGUAUUAUACAACUUGGAAGUCCUCUACACUAUGUUAAUGCCAGCCAUAGACGCCAUCUCCGAAAAAUCGUACGAAUUCCAGUACAGCUUCAUGAUAUCCGGAGAAGCCCACCUCUUCCUCGAGAUGUUGACGAAGAAUAACUUCAUGUCGAGCGCCGAUAACGUUACCAGACGUUCGGCGUAUCUAGUUGUCCUGAAAAUAUGUAAAUUGAUACUGACAUCUGUCGCGCACGUCCUGGUAAGACUGAGUGAAGAUCACACUCCUCCAGAAAAUGAGGCUUUCAACGAAAAUACCACUCCACCGGGAACCUUUUUGAGACAGGCAUUACGAAAUGUUCCUGGACACUCGGAUCAUUUACUGCGACAAGUUUCCAUGAAACUAGCUCAAGGUUUAGCGCAAUUGAUGGUGUCCGAAACGGGAAACACCGGCCAAGCUCAAGCACUGUUCAGUCAAGCGUUGAAUUGGGAACUGCCAGACCUAGCCACGACGUUGGCUUUGGUGCGGCUGGUUUGGGCAGCGAGCAGCAACAAUCUCGGCGCUGUCAACGCCUCGUUGGAAAACUUGCACUCUUUAUCCGAAGCCAGCAACAAGAAGAAGUCAGAACUAGUCAACGACGACGUGCUCCUCUGCAAAGAAGCUCUGGAACUGCUCAGUACCGCCGUCGUGCUCAACCCCAGCAGUUUGCAGCACUUGUACCAGGACAAUUGGUGGCCUUAUUUCGUUACGGACUUGGUGCUAGUCAAUCCGAAUUGUUCCAUAAGAGUCGCAGCUGCCGAACAGAUGAUCAUUAUAUGUUCUUGCGGCGCUAGCAGUCAAAUGGCUUUGCACGUCAUCAUGCCGUUGCUCUUUUCUCUCAUCAAUACCAUCGUAGUCGAACACGCCAACACGUCCCACGAGUUUUUUCAACUGUUAUGUCGUUUAGUCAAUGUAGCGUACCUUACCGGAUGUCCCAUCAACGGUGUGGAGACCCUACUGUCAAAUGAGGUUGCGUGGUUACGAAAAGCCAGAGACAAACACGAAGUACUGAUCGAAGGCCAUCUCCUUCUCGCCAAAGAGCUCCUUUUGCUGAUCUCCUCAGAACAGAAGUGCGAACUGGGUAGUGCUGAGUCCGGCAGUCUGAUUAAAGAAUUGCUCGAAGACUUCCUGUUUCCCGCCAGCAAGUUGAUGUUGAGAUUACACAAAACGGGUCAGCUGGGCGAAGACCCGGCCAUUCCUAUUUGUGAUACUCCCCAAACUCAGGCCGCAGCAUUCGAUCUGUUGGUAUCACUGUGCAUGAACUGUGUACAAAACUACAAACAGCUGGUUAAUAUGCUCACGGAGAUGUUUUACAACGAUCCUGACACUGCAAUCUCGGAAUGGGACUACCUUCCGGCAGUAGGGCCGCGUCCAUUCCAAGGUUUCGUAGGUUUGAAGAACGCCGGAGCUACUUGUUACAUGAACUCAGUCUUGCAGCAACUCUACAUGGUCGACAGUAUUAAAGAAGGCAUUUUGGCAGCAGAAGGAGCAGCUACGGACCCUAACGAGGAUUUCACCGGUGAAGAGAGACUGGAUAUGGACGUGGAUUGCACUGAUGAUAGGAAUAGUUUGGACGAUAAUAGGAAGGACUACAACGUUGGGAUUUUGAAGCAGGUCCAGGCUAUUUUCGGCCAUUUGGCCUGUUCUCGCCUUCAAUAUUACGUGCCUAGGGGACUGUGGAGACAUUUCAAACUUCAAGGCGAGCCUGUGAAUCUGAGAGAGCAGCAGGAUGCCGUGGAGUUCUUCAUGUCGUUAGUGGAGAGUCUGGACGAAGCUUUAAAAACAUUGGGACACGAGCAGAUCAUGUCGAAAAUUCUUGGAGGUUCCUACUCCGAUCAGAAGAUCUGCAAAGGCUGUCCUCAUCGUUAUUCCAAAGAAGAACCGUUUAGUGUGAUUAGUGUAGAUAUUAGGAACCACAGUAGUUUGCCGGAUUCGAUGGAGCAAUAUGUCAAAGGUGAAUUAUUGGAAGGCGCCGACGCUUACCACUGUGAAAAAUGCGCGAAGAAAGUAGUGACUGUUAAACGACUGUGCGUGAAAAAACUUCCCCCGAUUCUAGGUAUCCAAUUGAAACGAUUCGAAUACGAUUUCGAACGAGUAUGCGCGAUCAAAUUCAACGACUACUUCGAGUUUCCGCGCGAACUCGACAUGGAACCGUACACCGUGUCCGGUUUGGCCAAAAUCGAAGGGGAAAUUAUAGACUGUGAUCUUCAACCUACCUCCACCGAGGUCUGUACCAAGUAUCGUCUAUCUGGUAUCGUCGUCCAUUCUGGACAAGCUUCAGGUGGACAUUAUUAUUCGUAUAUUAGAAGUAGAGAUCCCUCGGGAGACGUCAGAUGGUACAAAUUCGAUGACGGCGACGUGUCGGAGUGUCGAAUGGGCGAAGACGAGGAAAUGAAGGUGCAAUGCUUUGGCGGCGAUUAUAUGGGUGAAGUUUUCGAUCCCAUGUUGAAGAGGACUACGUAUAGGAGACAGAAAAGGUGGUGGAACGCCUAUAUGUUGUUUUAUACCAGGCAUGAUGUUGAGGAGGAGAGUGCCUUGAAGAUGAUGAACCAAUUGACGAUUUCCGGUACGAGAAAAGAAACACAUCUCAAGAUGCCGAUAGCCAUAGAAAACAGUAUAAGAAAGCAAAAUAUCAAAUUUCUACACCAUAGGAGUCAAUUUUCUUUGGAAUAUUUCACGUUCAUCAGAAAACUGGCGACGAGUUCAGCUCAGGGCAAUACUAGACUUAGUCAACCGUUGCCAAACGAUCAAUUAGAACAACAGUAUCUACUCAGUGUUCAACUAGUCAGCAAAUUCCUUUUUCAUACUGGGUGGCAUACGAAGAAGAAUCUACGAGGACCUGCCAUGGAAUGGUGUGACGUCCUAUGUUUGCAUCUGCGCACCUCGCCUGUGAUACGUUCCUGGUUCGCACACUGCAUGCUCUUCGAGCACAUGAGCCGUUUCUGCGAAUACCUGCUGAGUUGUCCUAGCAACGAAGUCCGUUCUGCAUUUAUCAAGAUCGUGGUAUUGCUCGCGCACUUCUCCAUCAACGACGGACCGUCGGCUUCUCCGGCGGCCCUCAACAGCACCGCCACUGGCUCUUUGAGUGAUCACAUCCUGUGGGCGUUGCUCAGUCUGCUGCAGAGGGAGGUCAGCGAGCACGGGCGGCAUUUGCCGCACUAUUGUACGGUGUUUCACAUGUACGCCAAUCAAGGUAUUCAAGAAAAGACGCAGCUGCUGAGGAUGAACGUGCCGGCGACCUUUAUGAUGGUCGCUCUAGACGAAGGUCCCGGACCAGCCAUAAAAUAUCAAUUCACCGAAUUAGGAAAACUUAAUCAAUUAGUCGCUUGUUUAAUUCGAUGCUGUGAUGUAAGCAGUAAGUGCCAGAACAGUACCAACGGUCCAGUUUUACCCAAUCCCUACAAAGAUCCCACCAUACAGGAAUACAUCAUGCCAAUCUCCUCGCCUGCCGCCGAAAUCCUAUUCAACAGGAACGUAUACGUCAAGAAAGUGAUCGAAGAUACGAAUCUGACUGAAGACGCGAUCAAAUUCUUGCAGUUCUGUUCGUGGGAAAAUCCUCAUUUCUCCAGGGCGGUAUUAUCGGAGCUCCUGUGGCAGAUAGCCUACGCCUAUUGCCAAGAACUUAGACACCACAUAGAGAUCUUAUUGUCAAUUUUGUUAAUAGAAGAUUCCUGGCAGAAUCAUAGAAUACAUAAUGCCAUUAAAGGUGUUCCGGAAGAGCGGGAAGGUCUUCUGGAAACCAUCGUCCGUGCCAAGAAUCACUACCAGAAGAGGGCGUACCAGUGCAUCAAGUGCAUGGUGGCGUUGUUCAGUCGUUCGUCGGCGGCUCAAGCUAUGCUGUUGAGACAGGCCGAAGUGAGGCGAUCGUGGACCUCAGCAGUAGCUUGGUUACAGGACGAGCUGGAGAGGAAGUACCCCCCGAAUGCUCAGUACUCCUACAACACGUGGUCGCCUCCGGCACAAAGCAACGAAAGCUCCAAUGGAUAUUUUCUUGAAAGAUCAAACAGUGCCCGCAAGACGUUAGAGAAGGCGCUAGAACUGAUGCCUGAGACCGAAAGAGAAGAGGAAGUGGAAGAGACGCACUCGCAAGAGGAGCCGUCGCCGCCCUCCGAGCAGCAUUCGCAGCAGCACACGAUCGCGCAGCCGCAAAAUGUCGAUAACAACGCGCCGUCAGAGCUGCCGGAUGUAACACAGCACUGCGAAAACCAGCAGGACAGGUAAAAGAAAUGACGGACGGGACGGCGGUUGUCGAGCAUUUCAUCCACUUCUAUAAGCUUUGCACGUUAUAUAAAACGGGCGAUAGGAAUGUGAUAUGUAUGUAUAUAUUAUAAAAAACGUUAACACACGCAUUUUAUAUUGGCUGGGAAGCAUUUUUCUCUUGAGCAUGUUCCUCAUAUUUUUUUGGUUUUUAAUCCGCAAGUCUAAAUGUAAAUACCGAGGCAAAAAAUACGACGAACCGGACUCGGAAAUUGACUUUCGAGGUCCCGCUUCGAGAUAGUUAAGAAAAAAUGGUCACUUUUCUAUGUAGCACUCUUUUGUAUAAGAAUGAAAUAUAAAUUGAGUACAGUUUCAUCGACUUUAAUAAAGAACACUCAGUAUAUGUAUGGAAGGAUGUAGCUAACGCUUUUUUAGCAAAAUAUUUAAGUACACAGUUUAUCUUUAACCUCGUGAGAAAAUUUAAAUGUAAAUAUCUAGGGAAAAAAUGUGCUCUGUAUACUAGGUUUGUACUGGCGCGGGUAGAUCAGAAGAAUAAAGGAAAGAAGUGACGAUAUUGAUGAGAAUUUGUCUUAAAUAGAACCAAUAUUUAACAAACAAAUUCAUUUUGGCAUUCUGUUUUUCUAAACAGUUUUAUUAAUCUUAAUUACACUUCAAAUUUUGAUUUUAUUUAAUGAAAAACUUGUGUAGGUACGCCCUUGGUUUUAAAAUCGUUCAAAAAACAACUCGUUCUCUUUCUUACAUUUUUCUCUAUUCAUAACUACAAAAAACUUAAAUUUAUAACCCCUUUAACGUUUGAAGAAGACGGUUGCUACGAAUUCGUUUCUUUAUAUCACAUUUCACAGAUUUCCUCAUCAUUUUUAUGUGCUAUAAACUACUGGUAGUACUGGUUUUAAUUAUUUAAUGAAAAAAUGGUUUAGACACGUCCCUGACUCCGAAAUCAGAAUAGCGGGGUGUUGCCGCGUUAUUGAUAACCCCGAAACCACAGAGAAGGUCCUGAUAAAAACUUUUAUAAGAUGUUGCGAUAAAUUCAUCUCCUUUUAUCACAGUUCAUAGAUUCUCACUUCGUAUUUAUGUCGUAUAAUCUUAUGGCUUUAUUUAUUUAUUAAAAAAAUUGUUUAGGUACGCCACUGACUCAGAUAUCGUUAAAACAGCGCAUGGUUGCCGCGCUUACAUUUUUUCCUAUUAUUAACCACGAAACCACAAAAAAAAAUUUAUCAAACCUUUUAUAAGUGUGGGUGUGCCGAACAGCUGAGGCGGUAUGCUGUCCGACUUCCACCCAGAAGCAGAGGUGUUACCAGGAUGACCCUAAGGGAGGGUUACCUACUUGAUGGUCUCUGGGAGGUAUGAAAUAGUAAUGGUGUUAAGCGUAUAGACCUCAAAGUACAUCCAAAUGGGGGGGGGUUAUAACCCCCAAAAACCAUCCCCUGGUUACGCCUAUGCCCAGAAGACCGGGGAUCGAAUCCCGCGCCUGCGAGAACAUCUAAACAUUUUUAGAAAACGUCUACAGGCAGAAGGUCGACUCAGCCUGAAUAAAAUGAGUACCUUGGGUAAAACCAGGGGUAAUAAUAUGCGGUUGAAGGCUAGCACUGGUCCUGUUACUUUCCUUGUAUACCGUAGACCCUAGAGAUAGCAGACUACCCUGCUAUAACCAUACACCCAAAGCCGCGUUAACGGUAUAAAAGGGAGACUAUUAUUAUACCUUUUAUAAGACCAUUGUAAUGAAUUCGUUUUUUUAUAUCGAAGUUUAUAGAUUGCCACUCCUUUUUUUUUAAUGAUAUUUUAAUCAUUGUCAGUUUACUAAGCGAUUUAAAUAUUCCAACUAUGUAUUUAGAAAGGAAUAUUGUAAUAUCACAAUUUUUACUGAAAAUUAUAAAAUUGGCAACGCCGCGCUGUCAUUUUCACGUACAAACCUACACUGUUGCCAAAAAACUUUUGUUUUGAAAAUACGACAAUUUUAGAAUUAUUUCUUAUUGUUGCAUAUUCUUUCGCUAAUAUUAAUAAAUAUUUUAAAUUCCUCUUUUAAUCAUCGACAGCUUUACUAACAUUUAUUCUUCUGAUGACUACUCACGCUGUUGUUCAGUAGUUUUCUCAUUUUGUGAUAUUUUUUAAUUUUACGUGAUGGUUAAAUGGUGUUUUAGUUCGAAGAUGCACAUAAACGCAGAAACGUUUGUCUAACAUCUUGUAAAAGACUGAUUUGGAUAUCGGUAUUUGUUCUAACACCCUAAACAUUGAAGCCGAGAGCUUUCUAAAUGUAGCGAAUGAUAUUUUUUGCCAGAAGCAUGGUAAUAACAUUUUUUAUCAUUAAUAGUGUCAUAUAGGGAUUUUCAUUCACAGUCAUUUGUUUCGAGCUACUGUCACAAGUCGUAUAAUCCGUAUAUAUUAAUAUUAUACACAGAUUAUACAACAUAUGAGAGAAGCUCGAAACAAAUGACAAUCGAUGAAAAGUCUUAUUAACGACAACUGUAAUUAAUCAAUUUAUUUUACUGUACAAAAUAAUCAUCGUAUGCUUGCUUCUGUUGCUAAUAAUUAAGUCCAGAUUGUGUCGAAUUAUUUGGUGAUGAAUGAUCAAUAUUUUAAAGUGGUACCUCUAUGGUAGGUCCAGAUUUUGUCGAAUGAUUUGAUGAAGUUUAUAAAACUUCUGUGGGGAUUCAUUUACACUGCGCUCUUGUUUAAUCAUCAAUACUCUAUCUUGGACUCCUUAGUAAACAUAAUUUUUCAAAGUAUUUAAGUUUAUAGCGAUUUUUUUGGGGAAAUUGUGCUGUCACACUCUACUUUGCCAUAAUUAUUGUGAAUUUUCUUUUUGUUACACAUAUUUUCACGUACACCCAUCGCCGAGUUGAAAAAAAAAAUGGAUUAAUUUGUGUUGUAACACGAUACCAAAAGCUUUCUUGUCAUCUAUAAAUACUCUGAAAUUUGCUGCCAUAUUUUUGAAUGUCAUUCUUUAUUUAAUAUAUUUUCCGAGUUGUGUAGAUCUCUACUGUUUUUUUUUAAUAAAAUUAGACUAAUUUGUGAUGUACCAAAAGCAUUUAUUGACAUCUAUAUACACUGUAAACCAAUAAUUUUAUACCCUACUUGUUUAUUUUUUCCUUUAUUAGAUAUACUUUCCGAAUUGUGUGAAUGUAGUCAAAUUGUUUUACAGAAAGUUUGAUUAAUUUGUGGUGGUACACCCUACUAAAAGCUUUCUUGGUGUCUAUAAACAGUUUUUUUAACGCGAUACCGUUAUUGUUAAUUUUUCGCGAUUUUUCCUUUAUGCCAAAUUUUUUUACAAAUUGUAUAGGAAUACGGUUUUUUAAAGAAAAUUGUCUCUCGUUUUUGGGUUUUCACCCAUUUUAAAAAAAGUUGGUGAAAAAGGUUGAAUUAUAUUUGAACGUUUUCACAUUUUUUUAAAAUGGAUGAAAACAAUGUUUUUUACUUAAGUUUUUUUCUUUUAAAUAAUUUGUUUAUUAUAUUCAUUUACAAUAAGUUAAAUAUUAUAAUGUUUUCUACUUUGUUAUUUUCUUUUUUAAAUCUACUUUGGCAACGCUGUGCUGAGAAAGCCCUACCUACGACAUGAAGUGGGUUGUUCGCGCUACCUCGCUUUGCCGGCGUAUAUCUUCUAACCCGUUUUAAAUGUAUAAUAAAUACAUGUCUCUUUGUCGCUCUUAUUAAAGGCGCAAACCAGCCAUGAGAAAUUUCUCAAUCGGUAGAUGGUUCUUUAUAUUAUAUAUCAUAUAUGUAAUUCAUAAUUGUUCUCAUUUAUAGGGCCUAGUAACUUCCUUUCAAAUAUGUCCACACAGUUUACAGAUUUUUGAGUCAAUACCAAAGUUUCAUAUGCAUAGCUCACUAUCGGUCUGAUUGUGGUCUUGUAGAUUCGUAUCUUAGUCCUUUGAUGUACUCUCGUGAUUUAAAUAUGUGGUACAUAGCAAAGUAUGCCGAUAUUGACUCCUAAAUAGGUAAAGCUAUCUACUUUUUCUAAGUUGUCAACUGUCAGGUAGGGUCGUGUUGCUCUGUUCGAUCGGCUUUGUACCAGGAUUUUAGUCUUUUUGUGUUUAUUGACAGACCUACUUGUCUAACACGUGAUUUAAGUUCCAUAUACGUAUUCUCGCCCGUUGCUUUGGUUCUGCUCAUGAUAUUUAUGUCAUCUGCGUAUGCUGCCAGUUCGACUGAUUUGUUGAUGUGUGAUGUUUUUCUAAUUAUGUAUUCCAGUGCUAAAUUAAACAGUAUUGGUGCCAGCCACCCUGUUUUAACCCUUGUGUUAUUUGAAACGGGUCUGUCAUCUCAUGUUGGUAUAAUGUUCAUGUUCUGUGUGGUCCACAUCAUCAUUGUGAGAGUUUUUAGUCAGCGCGUUGUCAAAAUAUGUUUUCCAAGUUACGUUUCUUUCUUUCGUUUGGUGAUGUCGUACUGUACCAAAAGAUUUCUUGGCAUCUGUAAAGAAAAAUUGACUAUAAUUUCUUGUUUUUGACGAAUUUUUUCUUUAUUCCACAUUUUUUCCCAAAUACUGUACGUAGACAUCGUGUUUUUAAAGAAAAUUGGACUAAUUUGUGGUGUUGCACUCUACCAAAGGCUUUAUAGAAAUCAACAAAUCGUUAACAUAUACAGUUUGUACAGUUUAACAACGUUUUUAUCCUUGUACAUAACAUUUUGUAACAUAUAUUCCUUUUCCUGCUUCUGUGACCUAGUCAGAAAGUAAAUGCGGUGUUUUUGUUGUAUAGAAAGUACCAAAUACUAUUUAAUCAUCAUAUUGUGAAGCCUGAAACGGAAAGCCACAACGAACAGGCAACAUUGAGUAUGUUUACCAACGCAAACAUGUAAAUAUUUAGGUACUGAAAAAAAAAUUGAAAAAGUUCUUUAUAUAUUUUUAUUAAUUUUAAUAUUGAAGUUUUGUAUAUACAUAAUGUGUAACUUUUGAAGUUGUCGCAGAUAACGAACAUGAAAUGGUGUUCGUUCUUUCGUUGUGGCUUGGACAUUUUAAGUUUCGAAGUGUCUUAUCGCGUUUAUUUAUUAAUUGAUAAAAAGUAUGACUGUUAAUAAAAAAACACAAAAUUGUUUCCCCCUCCUCCCAUUUAUGUUGUGUAUUUUGUAGGAUAGAACACUUGGAGGGACUUGUAUACUUAUUAUAAAAGUUGUAAUUUUUGUUUUAAAAUGUGUCCUCAUUUAUCCCUUAAAUUAUUGCUUAAUCCUAAGCUUAUACAUUUUGUUUGUAUUAUAAUUUAUGAUAAUUAUAAAAAAUAAACUCAAAUUUUACAUGA